UGAAAUGCCUAGAGGUCAGAUCUGGUCUCCUGGAUUAGGGACUUGUGAACCGCUCAUUACGGUCAUGACAGCCGUCCCGAGAGUUUGAUUGUUUGACAGCAGAAAGGAUAGUUUUUCAAAAACAUUUACUGGAGAAAAUCCUCUCUUACUGAUCAACUUGUGAUGUCUGAGGUACAAUCAGGUUUAGUGGCUGGUUUGGAGCCAGAGGAAGAGGUGACAGAUGUCGUAUGUGACGAGGCAGAACUCAAAGAUGGAGAAAUGACGGAGGUGGAGGUCGGUGACCACAAUGUUCUGCUGGUACGCUGUGAUGGGGUGUACAGUGCCAUCAGUAACCAGUGCACACACUAUGGUGCUCCACUGAGCAAAGGGGUGCUGUCAGGUCACAGGGUCCGCUGUCCCUGGCAUGGUUCCUGUUUCAAUGUGAAGACCGGUGACUUGGAGGAGUAUCCUGGAAUUGACUGUUUGCCCUGCCACAAGGUGAAAGUCGAAAACAACAAAGUUUAUGUGUCUGUAAAGAAAAGGAUCCAGGGUCAGCCUAAACGUAUCAAAUGGAUGGGAGCCAGAGAUCAAGCGGUGUUACAUACUGUCAUGCUCCUUGGAGGAGGCGCAGCCUCUUUAAUGUGUGCUGAGACACUACGGCAAGAAAACUACGGUGGCAGGAUUAUUAUGGUAUCUAGAGAUGACCUCCUUCCAUACGACAAAACCAGACUCAGCAAGAUCAUGAAUGCUGAGAGCGAAAGUCUCCUAAUGAGAAGAAUGGAAUUUUUCCACAAGUAUGAUAUUGAGGUCUGGCUGAAAAAAGAGGCUUUAUCAAUAGAUACAAACAAGAAAACAGUGACGUUUGAUGAUGGCUUAAUCCAGUGCUAUGACCAAAUCCUUGUUGCAACAGGAUGCAGAGCAAAAAGUCUAGAUUGCCCUGGUGUGAACCUGGAAAAUGUGCUAAUGCUGGAAACACCAGAGGAUGCCCGGUGCAUCCACUACGCCUGCAUGGGCUGCAGGACAGUCGUUGUGGGCACUUCCUUUGUUGGCAUGGAAGUGGCCGCCUAUAUGAUAGAUAUGGCCAGUAGUAUCACGAUCAUUGGAAGCAGUGAACUCCCUUAUCAGAAGACUCUCGGCCCAGAGAUAGGAAAGGUCACCAUGAUGAUGCUGGAAGAGAGAGGGGUGACGUUCUACAUGAAUGAUGCCGUCGCAGAGGUUCAAGGCGAAAAUAGGAGGGUUAAGGCUGUGAAAUUGAAGAGCGGUAUCACUAUAGAAGCCGAUUUGUUAAUCGUUGGAAUUGGUGUCAGUCCCAAUUCAGAGUUUUUGAAAGGGAGUCCAAUAAGGAUGGACUCUAAGAACUAUGUAAUUGUGGAUAAGUACAUGAGGACCAACGUAACAGACGUCUACUGUGCAGGAGAUCUGACCUUCUUUCCUCUCAAAAUGGCAAAAGGCCAGAAUGUGAGCAUCGGCCACUGGCAGACAGCGCAGGCACAUGGAAGGAUUGUGGCCUUAAACAUGAUGCGCAGGGAGGUGGAGCUAAACUUAGUGCCAUUCUAUUGGACCGUCCUGCUGGGGAGAACUAUUCGAUAUGCUGGGUACGGGGAGGGAUACACUGAGAUGGUGCUAAAAGGGAGAUUUGAGAACAUGAAGUUUUUGGCACUUUACCUCAAGGAUGAUGAGGUGGUGGCUGCAGCAGGAUUGAAUGUUGAACCGGCUGUCUCUGUGGUGGCAGAAAGGUUGGCGGAAGGAAGAGUGAUUACAAAGGCAGAAGCAGAGUCAGAUGACCUUAGCUGGCUGAAGCUGCAGCCCAUGUGACCACUAACAACAGUUUGAACUCCGAAUGAUCAGAAUUCAGCCAUUCUGUCCACAGUCCAUCCCAUCCAAUCAUGCCUUUACUCCGAAGACUUUUUUUUGUAACAUUUAUAAAGGCCAGUGCAUUGCAGUAUGUCUCUUCAAGAGCUUUGUACACAGUUCACAAAGAGUUUGCCAUUUUUAACACUGAUAUUCAGAGAGGAGAACCACUACCCACAUAUGACUAUGAAAAAAU